ACUUCUGGAGUCGAAACGAAAACGUGCGUGUGAAAUUGGGAGCUUACCAGGAAAGGAUCACGACAACUCGCUCGACCCGCUCUGCUAAAGUCUAGCAGUACUGGUGGUUUACAGAUCUCGCAAAUAAAGGACGGGUCAUAUUUCAGCUUACCUGCAACACACGCACACGGCUCUUCUUGCUUUGCGCGCCCAAUUGCGCUCUCUAGCACAUCCCGACCCCGCAUCGUCAUGUCUACACGACCGACGGCGUCGGGCAUCGUGACCGACGAGGUGAGCGGCGAGCGGAUCAUUCCCGCAUCCAAAAGAGCCGACGGUAGCACCAGGAAAGCCAUCAAGAUCCGCCCGGGCUACAGGCCGCCCGAAGAUGUCGAAGUCUACAGGAACCAGGCCGCCGAGACCUACCGCAACCGAGGCAAGGGGCCCGUUCCCGGCGCAGAGGGCCUGAAAGACGACAAGCCGGCAGCGCAGUCGUCUUCUGCCGCAGCAAGCAAGAAUGCCAAGCGGCGCGAGGCCCGGAAGAGGGCCAAGGCCGCUGAAGAAGUCCAAGGGCAUUCAAGCCCUGCAACAGAGCCCAAGAAGGAGGAAGUCGAUCCGGAGGCUGAGAAGGAGAAGAAAGUGCGGAAUCUGAAAAAGAAGCUCAGACAGGCAAAAGAACUCAAGGAGAAGAAGGAGACGGGUCAGUCGCUGCUGCCGGAGCAGAUCGCCAAGGUGAUCAAGAUCAAUGAGCUUAUCCGGGAACUUGACGCGCUUGGUUUCGAUGCCGAUGGCGAACCCAAGAAAAAGGCGGAAGAUACCGCGGCGGACACCGAGGCGAAGGAGGCCGCCGACUGAGGGAAUGAAUCUCAACGAGGAACAACAUUGUUUUGGCUCCUGUUCCCGGAUAUUCGUCCAUGGUCACCUCUCAAUCGCGCCUUGAGAGUCACGGCCGUUACCUGCUAGCCCUGCCUAGACCUGGUACCUUGGCCCAUCCUAUUGAAAGAGCAGGGCCCAGGUCGUCGGACUCGCAAAGGCGAAGAGAAGCGCCGAGAUGAUCAGGUUCUCCCGGCGCAAGUUGCGGUAGACGGCAAGUUGGGGAGGCCGGG